AAGAAAACAGCAUCAUACUGGUGAAAGUGUGGGACAGAAGAAAAACUUGGGGAGUCUUUUGUCAGGAUGAUGAUGAUGCUUUGGACCUGCCCUAACUGUGGGGGGACAUGAGUAGACCUGGAGAAGCUACUGGUGUCACUCACCGACACAGAAUGAGACACGGAAAAGGGUAAAUGUCCUUUUUUUUUGGCACAGGCUGGCAACCGCUCCCCGGGCAGACGGGGCAGUGCCAGCUCUCCCUGCAGCCCCGAGUGCCCUCCUGGGACGAGUGACCCACGGUGGGUGCCCGGGGCUCCGCACCGCCGUGCUCAUCUCCCCGCUGCAGUCUGGUGGCGAUGCUGCAAAAAUCGCUACGUGAUUUAUUCCCCCACCCCCGAACAACCGAGAGGCAGCAAGAGGAGAUCAAUCCCCACACCCUGCUCUCGGGUUUCCCGGCCGCAGGCGCUCGGAGGGCGGGGGACCGAGCCCCGCCGCCUUCCGCCGCCGCCCCGGGAAGCGAAAGCGAAAGGCUGGGCCGGGCUCUGCUCCGGCUGUCGCUGCGCAAGCCGCACCUCUGUGAAAGCAUUCCUGCAAUUCCUGCCAUCCAGCCCCCUUCCCGAGACACCCUGGCAGAAAUCCACCAAGGGCUGAAACCGUUCAGGCCGGACAAAAGAGAUCAAGCCUCUCUUCCCACUCCUUCCCGGCAGGGAAGCAGCCCAUUCCCGGGCUGACCCAAGGAUCAUUUCGUCCUCCAAGAAUCUGUUUGCAAAGUUUGCGUGGAUUUGUUCCUAAGGGGAAACAUGUCUGAGCUUGACUAUGAGAAAUUAGCUGAAAUAGAACUGCAGAAAGAUGAGAUGGAGGAUACACGCUCAGAACAGGGAGAAACAUUUCUGCCUCCAGCACCCGAGGAUCCUGAGCUGAAUAUCAAUCACCCGUACUACGAUGUUGCAAGACACGGCAUCAUCCAGCUGGCAGGUGAUGACAAUUCUGGAAGGAAGGUGAUUACUUUCAGUUGCUGCCGCAUGCCCCCGUCCCACCAGCUCAACCACACAAGGUUGCUUGAGUACCUAAAGUAUACUCUGGACCAGUAUGUAGAGAAUGAUUAUACGGUUGUCUACUUUCACUAUGGCCUGAAGAGUCUGAAUAAACCAUCUCUGAAAUGGUUACAAACAGCCUACAAGGAAUUUGACAGGAAGUAUAAGAAAAAUCUCAAAGCACUCUAUGUUGUCCAUCCAACCAACUUCAUAAAAAUUCUGUGGAAUAUCUUUAAACCUCUUAUAAGCCACAAGUUUGGGAAAAAGAUCACCUACUUGAACUAUUUACAUGACCUGGGACAACAUCUCAAAUAUGACCAGUUAAAUAUCCCUCAAGAAGUCAUCCGACAUGAUGAAAAUCUUUGGAGGAAACACAAGGGAAAACCUCCACCUGUGGUUAAGGUUCCUCCACCACGACCACCUCUACCUACCCAGCAAUUUGGAGUCAGCCUGCAAUAUAUAAAGGACAAAAAUAAAGGCGAACUAAUCCCCCCAGUAAUGAAGGAAACUGUAUCCUAUCUAAAAAGUAAAGGACUGCAAGUGGAGGGCCUCUUCAGGAGGUCAGCCAGCAUCCAGACUAUCAAAGAUGUGCAGAAACUCUACAACCAGGGCAAGUCCGUGAAUUUUGAUGAUUAUCAUGACAUCCAUAUUCCUGCUGUUAUCCUGAAGACUUUCCUUAGGGAACUCCCUCAGCCAUUGCUAACAUUUGACUGUUAUGAUCAUAUCCUUGAAAUCACCAGUGUGGAGAGCUGUUUACGAGUCACCAGAUGCAAACAAAUCAUUCAAGGACUCCCUGACCACAACUAUGUUGUUCUGAAAUAUCUGAUGUGCUUUCUCCACAUGGUUUCACAGGAGAGCAUCUACAACAGAAUGACAGCAUCCAGCCUGGCCUGUGUGUUCGGUCUGAAUCUGAUCCGGCCCCCGCAAGGAGCCGCCUCCCUGAGUGCUCUGGUGCCUGUGAAUCUCUUCACUGAACUGCUGAUAGAUUUCUACACCAAUAUAUUCAACUCCAGAACAGUGCCUGGUGAGGUCUUACCUUAACGCUCUCAGAAGGGAAAGUGGAAUAAGGCUGCCUGAGGGAAAGGUCUCUUGGAUGGGACCUUUAUGUUUAGGGCUCUCCUGUGAUAAAAAAAAUCAACACAGAGUAAAGUUUCUAUAUCUUUCCAAAUACCAAAGAUGCUGGGAGAAGACUGGUGCCCUGUAUAUUGCCAUCACAUGGGGAGAAUAUGAACAUUCAAAGACCAAUAGAUCAAAGUGAAUCCCCUUAUUAAACUUGAGCAGCUGACAAAAACUGAUCUGUUAAAAAAGCCCAUGACACAGCAUGCCAGUCUGUCCUUUCUUUGGGGAUCUGGAGACUUUAUUCUGUGACAUUAUUUUCUGCAAGGGCAGAGGUAAUUUCUGAACCACUCCUGAAUGUACAUCUUCCUUUUGUUUUUUAUGUUUUUUCUACUUUUUAUUUGAAUAAAAAUUUAUUAGGAAUGACCCUAAUUACCCUAUUAAGUUAAUAAAGGUGGAAUCAA